AUGGCCGAUCCUGGAUACCAUUCUCGGACACUUCUUGCAUCCUUUGUUUAUCAACCCAGUGCUGCUCAAGUUCUUCGCGUCAUUCAAUGGCUGAUGGAAUUCUCUCCUCGUGGCCUACCUCAUGCUCCAUCCGCUUUCAUUCAUGCCUGUUUCGUUCUCUUUCUUGUUCGUCAUUUGAACGCUCACCUGCCAGCAGCCGAGUCUGCCGCCUGUGAGCAUCCAAAUGUAGUCGGUUACACCUAUUCUCUCCUAAGCCUGACGUGGGAGCCGACAGCCACUUGGCAAGCCUAUUCUCACAAAGACUGCCUGGGAGUCCUCAUCGCCCUACAUCUCUCUUCACCUUUCUUUGGUCCCUCCGCAAGUCCCUUGAAUGAGUGCUUGGAGAUGCUUGUGAAUCUUGUCAAAUUCAGUCUCCAACCUCUUCUCCAGGGUCGAGAUCGAGAUAGCGGUAACACCAGCCAGCAAACCCAUCUCUGCUACAGUGGCCUUACGACUGAGACUGCUGGCCUGUAUGGAAGGAAAGUGUUGGAGGUUUUUAGUAGGUAG